AAGACCCAAGGGAUUUCGAUUCCUUGGCUUUGAUCAUUCUUAUAUCAGAAAACCUAAUUCCAAAGCUUCUUAAUCUUCCCACCUUCCCUUUGGCUAAUCAACAGGUGGGUAGUUGACUGAAGCUUGGACAGAGUGUAGAAAACAACAGGAGCAACAGGAGCAGCCCUCACAAAGAUCCAGGAGAAAGCUGUCACCUAAGUAGAAGCCAACUGCCCCCAUGGAGAAUUCCAACAAAUUCCUGUUUUUCAAGGGAGUACCUCUCCUUUCCCAUAUUCAUGAUGUGGAACAUAUUCAAAGAAUGCAAGAUGAGUUUGAGUUUCAGGAUGAAGAUGUCAUAGUAAUGACCUACCCCAAGUCAGGAACCCAUUGGAUGAUACAUAUCCUCAGCCUGAUCUACUCAAAAGGAGACCCCACUUGGGUUAAAUCUGUCCCUUAUUGGGAACGUUGUCCCUGGAUAGAGAUAAAAACUAACAUGGAAAAUGUCAAGAACAAGGCAAACUCCCAUCUCUUCACUUCCCAUCUCCCAGCCCAUCUCUUCCCUAAGUCCUAUUUCACCAGCAAGGCCAAGGUGAGCACAUGAGGGCCCCAAUUAAAA